AUGACUAUAUCACUCUCCAAAGUAGUAGUAUCAAUGUCAAUGUUAUUAGCCAUAAUUUUUUCCUUGAAUUUCAAUGUUGGAGUGGGUGGUGAUCAUGAGGAUGGCUGGAUUCCACCAGCCACAGUGGUAGUUUCCAUUUACAAUAGAUUGAACAAUAAGCAGCUUGGUGUUCAUUGCAAAGACAAACACACAGAUUUUGGAUUCCAAAGAGUAUCAGGUGGGCAUAUGUGGGGUUUCACCUUCUAUCCUAAUCCUCUUUGGUUCACAUCAUUAUACUUUUGCAGCUUUACAUGGUAUGGAGCACCAGUUCACUACUUUGACAUUUAUGAUCACAAACGUGACAAGAAUGCCUGUGCAACUUGUGUUUGGGAUAUCUUUGAAACUGGUCCAUGCAGGGUUACGGAUAAUGCUUCUCUACAAUGUUAUGCUUGGAAACAAUAA